AUGACUCAUGAGUUUGCAGGACUCUUCACAGCACGGGCAGUAGCUAGGAUAUUGGAUCCAAUGGAGAUGAUUCUAGUAUACAAUGAUGAUGAGGAGAUAGAUGAGGGAGGGGGUGAUGGAGGAGGAGGAGAUGGAGGAAAUGAUAAAGGAGGUGGGAGAGUUCUGUGUGCCAAUAGAGGGAGAUUGGAGCUACGGAGGAGAAGAGAUAGGCGUGGAGAUGGGGGUGGGAGGGGAAUACCGGCAAAGAGAACUGUCGAGCGGGUGGCCUUGGAUAGAGGGAGAGGGGGUUUAGCUAUCAGAGCUAGAGAGGAGGAGAAGGUGGAGGAGGUGAUAGCAACAGUGGGAGGAUAUGAGUAUGUGCGGAGACCGACCCAGAGGAGGAGGUCAGAUGUACUACCUCCACCUGCACUGAUGACAAGAAUUGUAUGGAGGGAUAAACUUUCAAGGCAACUAGUCAGUCCCUCAAGCGUUAUUUUUCAAAGGCUCGGCUAUCCAAAAUUCUCUCAUCAAGAUCUUGUCAUUGCGACAUCUGGAUUUGAUGAGUCAAACUUGCUUGGAGUGGGUAACUUUGGAUCUGUCUACAAAGGCAUUUUGACGGAUGGUAAGAUUGUUGCCAUCAAGACUCUUGAUUUGCAAAAUGAAGAGGCUCAGAAGAGUUUUAAGAAAGAGUGCAAAUUGUUAGGGAGGAUUCGGCACCGUAACCUGAUCAGAAUCACAAAUGCAUUUUUCUACCCUGACUUGAAAGGUUUGGUUCUUGAAUUUGCAUGUAAUGGAAGCUUGGAAAAACAUUUGCACCCUGACAGGGAUGAUGAAGGCUUUUGUAAAUUGGGAUUGAGUGAGAGUUUGAUCGUUGCUGUAGAUGUAGCACAUGGUAUGGAAUAUUUACAUCAUGAUUGUCCUCUACAAAUUGUGCACUGCGAUUUAAAACCUAGCAAUGUGGUCUUGGAUGCCAACAUGACAGCCCUUGUCACUGAUUUUGGUAUAUCAGGUUUAACUACUACAAACUCCGUAGAUUCAUUGAGUACAACAACAUUUGCACUCAGAGGAUCUAUUGGAUAUAUUGCUCCAGAGUAUGGAUUGGGUGGGAAUGUUUCUAUCAAGGGCAUGUUCUCAUGUGGCUGCUUAACUCUAUUUUCUGUUUAA